UCUGCCCCCACCUGCCCUGAAUGAUGGGUAGCCACUGCACGUAUCACUGAUGACAGACAAUAAUAAUAAACUGUUUGAAGGGCACCGGGCAAUAAUGGACAUUCGUGAAAGAGGAUAACUGAGUCUGAUGUCCAGGCUACAGUGUGCAAUUCCCCAAGUCAACUCUUACAGAAGCGCCAUUCCCCGCUUGCAGAGUAAAAACACUGUGGCUUUUUGAAGUAGGAGGUUCGUUCUCUGUUGAUUCUGUGUAGAGGUAGCAAGAAGAAAAAGCAAGAGGAAUUCGCUCUUAAAUGAGUGAAAAUACGGAUCGGCGCUGUACAGCAGCCAGAGUAAAGAGGCUGAGAUCGAAGGGAAGAAAAUGAGAAACAAGUGGGGAUAGCACAAAAAUAAGGAAAAGCCAAGGGGGCACGCGAACCGGAGACGAAGCAAAACCGCUGCAAUUGACGAUCAACGGAUUACAACAUUAUUCCCGUUGUUGGCGAGUAAACUAUUUUCUAGAGGGAAUUGAUGCUGUCUUUACAGAGUAGAACAGACUUUGCCAAGGUGAUUUUGAAUGCACUCGGCUGAAUCAUGCUGAGGCUGUGGAUAAUAACUUUGACUAUCAGUUUUAACAAAGUGUGGACAGCGAGGUUCUCACAGGAGCCAGCGGACCAGUCUGUUGUUUUGGGAGAGAGAGUAGUCAUGUCCUGUGUCGUCUACAACUACACCGGAAUCGUACAGUGGACCAAGGAUGGACUGGCGCUGGGCAUCGGAGAGGGCCUCAGGGCCUGGCCCAGGUACCGUGUGCUGCGGGUGAUAGACAUGGGCCAGUAUAACCUGGAGAUCUCUGCGGCAGAGCUGACCGAUGACUCCCUGUAUGAGUGCCAGGCCACAGAGGCUGCCCUACGCUCCCGGAGAGCCAAACUCACCGUCCUCAUCCCUCCCGAUGACCCAGUGAUCGAGGGCUUUCCAGAGAUCCUGCUGAGAGCCAAUGUCUCCUAUAACCUGAGCUGUGUGUGCCGCGGGGCCAAGCCACUGGGCAUCAUCGAGUGGAAACGGGACGGGGUGGCCCUGGAGGGAGCCUUCAGCACCACCGAGGUUCUCCCAGACAGAAAGAGGGUGACGACAAGGAGCUUCCUGCCCAUCGUCCCAGAGGACAAAGACACGGGACGCAACUUCACCUGUGUGGCCAGCAACAAGGCUGUCCCAAUGGGAAAACGCACCACCGUCACCCUCAACGUGCACCACCCCCCCAAGGUGACCCUAUCCAUGGAGCCUCGGUCUGUCCUGGAGGGAGAGAGAGUCAUCUUCACCUGCCAGGCCACCGCCAACCCUCCCAUCAUGGGUAUCCGGUGGGCGAAGGGUGGUGUUCUCCUGGAGGGGGCGAGGGAGAGUGUGUUUGUGACCCCAGUAGACCACUCCUUUCACACCGAGCCGGUCUCCUGCUCUGUGUCCAACGCUGUGGGACACACCAACCUCAGCAUCGUGGUCGACGUACACUAUGGUCCUAUCCUGAAGGGGGCGCUCACUCCGAUUACAGUGGACAUUGACUUUGACGCCAAACUCAACUGCAAGUGGGCCGGAAACCCUCCACUCACACUCACCUGGACCAAGAAAGGAUCUAACAUGGUCCUUAGUAACAAUGAGGAGCUGGUCCUGAAGUCCGUAAACCAGGCAGACGCGGGCCAGUAUGUGUGUAAGGCCAUCGUCCCCAGGAUCGGAGUGAGAGAGACUGAGGUCAAUCUUAUAGUCAACGGCCCUCCCAUCAUCUCCAGCGAGCCAGUGCAGUACACAGUGAGAGGGGAGAGAGGAGAGGUCAAGUGCUAUAUCGCCAGCACCCCUCCACCCGAUAAGAUUGUGUGGGCGUGGAAGGAGAACGUGUGGGAGAAGGAGAAGGGGACUCUGCUGGAGAGGUACACGGUGGAGCAGAGUAAACCUCACUCCCAGGGAGGGGCUGUCCUCUCCACCCUCACCAUCAACAACGUCAUGCAGUCUGACUUCUACUCUCCGUACAACUGCACCGCCUGGAACGCCUUCGGACCCGGGACCAUGAUCAUCACCUUGGAGGAGAAAGAGAUAGUUCCGGUGGGGAUUAUAGCUGGUGGAACAGUUGGAUCCUCCAUCCUGCUCCUGAUCUUUCUGCUGGCUCUGGCCUUCUUCCUCUACCGCCAACGAAAAGGCAGUCGGCGUGGGGUCACUCUGGGGAAGCCAGACAUCAAGGUGGAGACGGUCAACAAGGAGACACACAGUCUGGAGGAGGAGUCAGGGAGCAUUUCCACGGCGACACGCAUGGUCAAAACCAUGUACUCUCCGUUCAAAGACGAUAUGGAUCUGAAGCAGGACCUGCGCAGUGAGCUCGAUACCCGCGAGGAGUACGAACUGAAGGAUCCAACGAACGGCUACUACAAUGUCCGCGCGACCACCCACGACGAUGCCAGGCCGUCGUCCCGCUCUAUGCUGUACCAGGGAGAGUUCCGGAACGCCAACCCUCCGGGGGGAGCAACAGGAGCUACCUCCAGUGGACCAGCAGGGGGCCCUGGUGGGGCGGUGGUGGCAGGAGGGGUCCCGGGGAAUCCGGGGUCACGGGCAGGGUGCUACGACCCCCGACCUCCGUCCAGGAUCUCUCAUACUAACUACGCCCAGUUCAACACCUUCACUAGGGCUGGGCAGAGCCAAGCCCCGCCCAACAUCACCCAUCCCUCCCAUCCCACUUCACAGACCAGCGAAUUCCCCGGAGACUGCGCCCUAUUGGACAGCAACAAUCAGCUCACCUAUGACAACUACGGCUACCCCGCCAAGUACCCCACCUAUCGGAUGGGCUUUGCCCCGCCCCCGGAAGUAGAACCAGCCUAUGAGAUGUACCCGACUGGGCAAGGGGUGGGACCAGGGCCAGUCCAAGGACUAGGUUCUGGUCCAGAAACUCUGCUGGGGAAGUAUGGGACCUCCACCCGCUUCUCCUACUCCUCUCCUCCUGGUACGGACUACAAUCAGAGACACACGCAGAGGAUGCAGACACACGUGUGAGAGAUGUAUUGUGUAGUACACAGUGGUUUUCAUACACAUAUACGUGCAUACAGUGCAUUCGGAAAGUAUUCAGAACCCUUGACUUUUUCCACAUUUUGUUAUGGUACAACCUUAAUCUAAAAUUGAUUAAAUCGUUUUUUUCCUUCAAUAAUUUACACACACUACACAUAAUGCAAAAACAGGUUUUUAGAAAUUUUUUCACAUUUAUUAAAAACGGAAAUACCACAUUUACAUAAGUAUUCAGAACCGUUACUCAGUACUUUGUUGAAGCACCUUUGGCAGUUAUUACAGCCUUGAGUCUUCUUGGGAAUGAUGCUACAAGCUUGGCACACCUGUAUAGGGGGGAGUUUCUCUCAUGCCGCUGAAAAACAUUCCCACAGCAUGAUGCUGCCACCACCAUGCUUCACUAUAGGGAUGGUGCCAGGUUUCCUCCAGACGUGACGCUUGGCAUUCAGGCCAAAGAGUUCAAUCUUGGUUUCAUCAGACCAGAAAAUCUUGUUUAGAUGCCUUUUGGCAAACUCCAAGCAGACUGUCAUGUGCUUUUUACUGAGGAGUGGCUUCCGUAUGGCCACUCUACCAUAAAGGCCUGAUUGGUGUAGUGCUGCUAAAAUGGUUGUUCUUCUGUAAGGUUCUCCCAUCUCCACAGAGGAACUCUGGAGCUCUAUUAGAGUGACCCCUUGACCCCGGGUUCUUGGUCACCUCCCUGACCAAGGCCCUUCUCCCCGAUUGCUCCAUUUGCCGGGUGGCCAGCUCUAGAAAGAGUCUUGGUGGUUCCAAACUUCUUCCAUUUAAGAAUGAUGGAGGCCACUGUGUUCUUGGGGACCUUCAAUGCUGCAGAAAUGUUUUGGUACCCUUCCCCAGAUCUGUGUCCCGACACAAACAUGUCUCGGUCUGUACGUACAUGCACUGUCAAAUGUGGGACCUUAUAUAGACAGGUGUGUGACUUUCCAAAUCGUGUCUGAUCAAUUGAAUUUACCACAGCUGGACUCCAAUCAAGUUUAGACACAUCUCAAGGAUGAUCAAUGGAAACAGGAUGCACCUGAGCUCAGUUUUGAGUCUCAUAACAGAGGGUCUGAAUACUUAUGUAAAUUAGGUAUUUUUGUUUUUUAUUUGUAAUACAUUUUCAAAAAUGUAUAGAAACCUGUUUUCGCUAUGUCAUUGUGGGGUAUUGUGUGUAGAUUGAUGAGAAAUAAAUCAAUGUAAUCCCUUUUAGAAUAAGGCUGUAACGUAACAAAAUGUGGAAAAGUCAAUGGGUCUACUUUCCGAAUGUACUGUAUACACCUAAAAACAAACGUACUUGUCCGAGUGAAACAGAAAGAUAUACUCAACCGGGGAGAACGACUGCCCCCUGGCAUUGAGGAUUUCAAGUUGAAGACCGACACAAUACUGCAGUCAUUGUUUCCAGAUAACAGGAUCCCUAAUUAAAGUGACUGGGGAAGUGCCGAUCUUCGUGGUCAAUAUUUGUGUAUAUACAUUUUUGUUAUAUACACAAAUAUUGGUACCAAUAAUUGAUUAUAUUUCACCAGAUGUAUGUCCUUGAACUGACUACUUUAAAUCACACAGACAAAGUUAUGGGAUCAUUUAGUUGCUAAUGUCAGCCUGCAGUACCUCGGUCGGCCUUUAACUUGAAAACUCCAUGAGAGGGGGCAGCACUGAGCUAGCCUGCAACAUCACUUCCUAGAGUAGCUCAAACUGCCCAUGCAAUGUUUCCAAAAACUCUUCCAUUGUAGCAAGAUUGUGACACGCUGAAAUGACACUUCCUCUUCAUCAAAUGCGCCACAGAGCGUUCUCAUAGGAAACUACGGGGUGACGUCAUUGAUGGCUUCGUCCAUAUUGUUUUUAGUCUAUGCACUCAACACAUUUCUGCUGUCUACACACUUGCUCUAUCCCAUAUACACAAACAAUCUUACACAGUUUCUCUCAAACACUCUAUUGUGUGCAAUCUUAAGCUCCGAGAGCUGAUAAAGCGAAAGCCACAAUCAAGGGAGGGAAGACAUGAAAUGAUAAGAGAAAGAACGGCUGGGAGUACUUUUCUUAAACGAGGAGAGGAGGGGUUUCACAGAGUGUGAUUAUUUAAAUGCUGAUAGAAAGCAUCCAGUUCGACUCUGUCUCUCUUUCCUCUCAACCCAUCUCUGUAUAUACAGUUGAAGUCAGAAGUUUACAUACACCUUAGCCAAAUACAUUUAAACAAAAUUUUUCACAAUUCCUGAUAUUUAAUCCUAGUAAAAAUUCCCUGUCUUGGGUCAGCUAGAAUCACCACUUUAUUUUAAGAAUGUGAAAUGUCAGAAUAAUAGUAGAGAGAAUGAUUUCAGCUUUUAUUUCUUUUAUCACAUUCCCAGUGGGUCAGAAGUUUACAUACACUCAAUUAGUAUUUGGUAGCAUUGCCUUUACAUUGUUUAACUUGGGUCAAACGUUUUGGGUAGCCUUCCACAAGCUUCCCGCAAUAAGUUGGGUGAAUUUUGGCUCAUUCAUCCUGACAGAGAUGGUGUAACUGAGUCAGGUUUGCAGGCCUCCUUGCUCGCACAUGCUUUUUCGGUUCUGCCCACAAAUUUUCAAUGGGAUUGAGGUCAGGGCUUGUGAUGUCCACUCCAAUACCUUGACUUUGUUGUCCUUAAGCCAUUUUGACACAACUUUGGAAGUAUACUUGGGGUCAUUGUCCAUUUGGAAGACCCAUUUGCGACCAAUCUUUAACUUCCUGACAGAUGUCUUGAGAUGUUGCUUCAAUAUAUACAAAUAUUUUUCCUCCCUCAUGAUGACAUGUAUUUUGUGAAGUGCACCAGUCCCUCCUGCACCAAAGCACCCCCACAACAUGAUGCUGCCACACCCCAGCUUCACGUUUGGGAUGGUGUUCUUCGCCUAGCAAGCCUCCCCUUUUUCCUCCAAACAUAACAAUGGUCAUUAUGGCCAAACAGUUCUAUUUUUGUCAGACCAAAGGACAUUUCUCCAAAAGUCGUUUGGAUAUUAACAUAUAUUAACAAGAUAUUAACAAACACACACACUCUCUCACACGUUCAAGGAGAUGGUCUUGCGUCACUGCUGUGCUCAGGCAAGGCGACAGCUUGUACUCCGUAUGUGGACCUCUUUAUAACCUGCUUCUUUUCGAUGCCACCACAAACUGCUCAACUGGCAUGGCCAAAGGGCUCCUCCAAGAAGUGAAGGAAAAUGAAACAUGGUGUGCGUUCCAAAUGGCACCCUAAUCCCCAUGUAGUGCACUAGUUUUGACCAAGGCCAGGAACUCUGAUCAAAAAUGUGCACUAUACAGGGAAUAGGGUGCAAUUUGGGACACAUCCAAGGCAUCAUGGAAUAACAGCCUUCACGCCAAUAUGGGGAUUUUACCUCCGACAAGAAAGAGAACAACUGGUGGGCCAAGGACCACGUGCUGCACACCUAUAAGGUACGUUGGAGUACGACUCUCCACUGUACAUUGGAGUACGACUCUCCAUGGUACGGUGGGGUACGACUCUCCAUGGUACGGUGGGGUAUGACUCUCCAUGGUACGGUGGGGUACGACUCUCCAUGGUACGUUGGAGUACGACUCUCCAUGGUACGGUGGGGUACGACUCUCCAUGGUACGGUGGGGUACGACUCUCCAUGGUACGGUGGGGUACGGUGGGGUACGACUCUCCAUGGUACGGUGGGGUACGACUCUCCAUGGUACGGUGGGGUACGACUCUCCAUGGUACGUUGGAGUACGACUCUCCAUGGUACGUUGGAGUACGACUCUCCAUGGUACGGUGGAGUACGACUCUCCAUGGUACGGUGGGGUACGACUCUCCAUGGUACGGUGGAGUACGACUCUCCAUGGUACGGUGGAGUACGACUCUCCAUGGUACGUUGGAGUACGACUCUCCAUGGUACGGUGGGGUACGACUCUCCAUGGUACGGUGGGGUACGACUCUCCAUGGUACGGUGGGGUACGACUCUCCAUGGUACGGUGGGGUACGACUCUCCAUGGUACGGUGGGGUACGGUGGGGUAUGACUCUCCAUUGUACGGUGGGGUACGACUAUAACAUGGUACGGUGGAGUACGACUCUCCAUGGUACGGUGGGGUACGACUCUCCAUGGUACGGUGGGGUAUGACUCUCCAUAACCAGAUGAGGGGUACAGUGGUUUGCGAAAGUAUUCACCUCCUUUGGCAUUUUCCCUAUUUUGUUGUCUUACAACCUGGUAUUAAAAUUGAUUUUUUGGGGGGGUGCCAUAUUCUUUCAAUUUUUUAAUAAGGGGAUUUAAUGGUUAUUCAUGGGAUGUUCAAAGUUUUGGAUAUUUUUUUAUAACCCAACCCUGAUCUGUACUUUUCCACAACUUUGUCCCUCACCUGUUUGGAGAGCUCCUUGGUCUUCAUGGUGCCGCUUGCUUGGUGUUGUUGCAGACUCUGGGGCCUUUUAGAACAGGUAUACUGAGAUCAUGUGACAGAUCAUGUGACACUUAGAUUGCACAAAGGUGGACUUUAUUUAACUAAUUAUGUGACUUCUGAAGGUAAUUGGUUGCACCAGAUCUUAUUUAGGGGCUUCAUAGCAAAGGGGGUGAAUACAUAUGCACUUACCACUUUUCACAUUUUUUCUUUUUUAUAAUAUUUUUAAAUAAGUACUUUUCAAAUUUCACUUCACUAAUUUGGACUAUUUUGUGUAUGUCCAUUACAUGAAAUCCAAAUAAAUAUCAAUUUAAGUGACAGGUUGUAAUGCAACAAAAUAGGAAAAACACCAAGGGGGAUGAAUACUUUUGCAAGGCACUGUAUGUGUGGACUAUAUAAUGAAAUACAGUUUUGUAUACAGUAUGCCACUUAUAUAAGGUAACCUAAUCGGGAAAGGAUGGAGCUGUAGCAAGCUUCUUCAAAUGCUCCUUCCUCCUCCUCUGACUACCCCACAUUUCACCCACAGGAGGUCAAUGCUGUGUGUUUGGGAAGCGGGUGAAAGAGCUUUUGUAUUUAAAUAAAUCUCUACAAUUUGUACAAAAUGCCCCCAGUCCCCCAUCCUCAAAUAUUACUGUAUUGGUUUCUCUCGCUUGCACAGUAGAAUAUCCAUAUUUAUACCUAAAUAGAAUAAGAAAAAAUGGCAUUUAGAAUGUUUUUUAAAUAUUUUUAUAUGGAGUUGUGGACCAAAGGUUCAGAGUUUUGGGUGACAUUCACUUUUACAAUUCAAUGUUCUGAGGCUUCUGUGUCCAGGUUCAACCAUUGUUGAGUUGUGUUGAGUUUUGAUCUAGCAGGGUGUUGUUGUAGACUAGGGUAGCGUCUCAAAAGGCACCCCAUCCCCUAUAUAGUGCACUACUUUUGACCAGAGUCUCACCAUAAGAUAUCGGGAAUAGGAUGCCAUUUGGAAAGUGGUCAUGACGGGCUCUGGGGUGAUAUGGUUUACUCUAAAGUUUUGCGAGGUCUUGGGGGGGGGAACGGCAUACGUUUAUCAAGAGAUACUGAUCGAGGAGGAUGUGACCCAAUAUGGUACUGGUUAGUGUACUCUUCAGUUUGAUGCUGGCUAUGGUACAGUUUUGAUGUUUUUGUUACUUUGCUUUACCCCAUUUGGGUAUUUGGUACAGUGCUCUGUAGUGGUGGAUGUGUAGGCCUACACACAGUGGCUAACCUGUGGCUGUAGGUAAACUCUGAUUAUGUCAUCCACCCUCAUUAUUCACUUCAGACGUUGACAAUCAUUGUUGAUUUGACUUAAUAAUAUAAUAGUACAAAUAUAUGCCAUUUAGCAGACACUUUUAGCCAAAGUAACUUACAGUUGUGCAUUGCAUACAUUUUACGUAUGGGUGGUCCCGGGAAUCGAACUCGCUAUGGAGGAGAGAGGAGGGCCAUGAGUUCCAUGCCAAAUGGCACCUUAUUCUCUAUAUAGUGCCCUACUUUUAACCAGAGCCCUAUGGGUCCUGAUCAAAAAUAGUGAACUACAUAGGGAAUAGGGUGCCAUUUGGAAUGCAUCCAGGAGGACAAGGAACUCAUGCUGGAGGAAGGAGGUGGCGUGGUCCAUCUUUAUGGGCCGUGUUUCAAUACUCUACUCUGACUUUGUGUGUCCCAAGUGGCACCCUAUAGAGUUACAUAUAGAACCCAUAUAUAACAUAUAGGAUCUCAGUGUCCUAUUCCCUAUAUAGUGCACUACUUUUGCUCAGAUCCUUAUGGGUACUGGUCAAAGUAUUGCUCUACAUAUGGAAUAGGGUGCCAUUUGGGGAACACAUAAUGUUGCAGCCAGCCACGGAUCAGAAGAGAACGAAACGUCCUUCUUAGAUCUGUUUCUACUAGAGUCCUCUUGGCUUUCUUCCAGCUCUCACCUUUCCUUCCAAAUGAAAACAUAAGAGUAGAUCAGAGUAUGUCUCUGUCAAUAAACGUGUGUUUGAUGGGGUAGGGUUGGUAGGACGGAAGGGAUGAGGAUGGGGGGCCCUCUGUUCAAAAGAUAUAGCUUCGUUCAUAAACUCGUUACCAUCUUUUUACUUCCUCAUGCAUUUUUUUUCUCUCCAAAAGAAAUGCCUUCCCUGUAUGAAAUCUGUUUUUUUUAAUCAGCAUAUUAUAUUAGUGGUAUUAUUAUGCCACCAAUGAAGUGACGAUUGAGGUUAUACUACAGUGUUUAAACUUUUAUAGACAUACUGUAUCCUUUACUUCGUUUUUGAUAUAGGUGUGUAUUUAAAGGGGGUUAUUAUCCUAGAAAGACCAUGGCAACCUAUUCCCUAUAUAGUGCAAUGCUUUACACCAGGGCCCAUAGGACUCUGGUCAAUAGUAGUGCUCUAUGUAUGGAAUACGUUUGGUACAUAGGGAGUGGUGAUACAUGUAUGUGGCCAAAGGGACUGCACAACCAGGCCACACCAGGCGGGAUAGAUAGCGAUCUUGCCCAGGCUGAACCCAGGCCCUGGUCUCUGGUCCUUGGUCCCAGUGGACAGCACUAAGGUGCUCAGAACUGUUCUGACCAGCACUGACUGAUGUACAUGGUUUGGUAGCAGUCUUGUGUUUGGAAUCUCUAAUCUAAUGGGUGCCAAAAGACUGCAGCAAAAACUAAAAUGAACAAAGCAGAAAAAAAAUGCAGCAGCCAUUUGUGUGUGUGUGUAUGACCUCCGACCCUAAUGUUUUGAUCUGUGCGUGCGUGCGUGUGUGCGUGCGUGUGUAGAAAUGGGAUGUUGGGCUGUGAAGAAAAUGUAGGUGAGAGACAGAGGCAUGGGCAGCAUCCCAAAUUGUACCCUAUCACCAACAUAGUGCACUACUUUUGACCAGAACCCAUGGGGGGCCAUUUCGGGAUGCAGUCAUGGAGCCAUUAUGUGGCCUUAGGACAUGAAGAAUUAGCAGACUGAGUCCACUCAUCCUUCAUGCUGCUGUUGAGCGUGUUUGUGCUCCAAGAACGUCCAUGAUUGAGAUUUGGGGUGUGUCCCAAAUGCCACCCUAUUCCCUGUAUAGUGCACUACUUUUGACUUGAGCAUUUUGGGCACUGGUAAAAAGAUGUGCACUAUAAAGGGAAUAGGGUGCCAUUUGGUUUGGCGUGAGUGCAUUUCUUCCAUAUCAUACGUUCACAAUAAUUUUAUAUUCUUUCAUUGCUCCGACAGGACUGUAUACCUUGUAUUAUUGCUAUUAUGAUUUAACAUUAAGUAAUGCUCCUCUGUAUAACGGUUCUACUUGAUUGUUAUUUUACAUAAACAAAGAUAUUAUAAAAAUGUGCUUUUAUUUACAUUUUUGUUUAAUUUAAAAAAAAAAAAUCUAAUUGUAUGUAAUUAUUUUUCCACAGUAUUGCAGAAAAUAAAAAGACACAGCCUCCAUAAAACAAGGAUAACCUGCCUUAUUUCACAGUUUAAAUGAAACACAUAAUGUAUGUCUGAAAUUGUACCCUAUUCCCUAAAUAGGGAACUACUUUUGACUGUGUCCCAAAUGGCAUCCUAUCCUAUCAUUAUCUUGUACUAUCACGUUUUAAGGUACGGUUGAAGUGGGAAGUUUACAUACACCUUAGCCAAAUACAUUUAAAUUUCAGUUUUUCACAAUUCCUGACAUUUAAUCAUAGUAGAAAUUCCCUGUCUUAGGUCAGGUAGGAUCACCACUUUAUUUUAAGAAUGUGAAAUGUCAUAAUAAUAGUAGAGAGAAUGAUUUAUUUCAGCUUUUAUUUCUUUCAUCACAUUCCCAGUGGGUCGGAAGUUUACAUACACUCAAUUAGUAUUUGGUAGCAUUGCCUUUAAAUUGUAUAACUUGGGUCAAACGUUACGGGUAGCCUUCCACAAGCUUCCCACAAUAAGUUGGGUGAAUUUGUGACUGACUUGUAACUGAGUCAGGUUUGUAGGCCUCCUUGCUCGCACACGCUUUUUUCAGUUUUUCAGUUCUGCCCACAAAUUUUCUAUGGGAUUGAGGUCAGGGCUUGACUUUGUUGUCCUUAAGCCAUUUUGCCACAACUUUGGAAGUAUGUUUGGGGUCAUUGUCCAUUUGGAAGAUGAAUUUGCGACCAAUCGUUAACUUCCUGACUGAUGUCUUGAGAUGUUGCUUCAUUAUAUCCACAUAAUUUCCCCCCUCAUUAUGCUAUCCAUUUUGUGACGUGCACCAGUCCCUCCUGCACCAAAGCACCCCCACAACAUGAUUCUGCCACUCCCAUGCUUCACGGUUGGGAUGGUGUUCUUCGGGCUUGCAAGCCUCUCCCUUUUUCCUCCAAACAUAAUGAUGGUCAUUAUCGCCAAACAGUUCUAUUUUUGUUUCAUCAGACCAAAGGACGUUUGUCCAAAAAGUACAAUCUUUGUCCCCAUGAGCAGUUGCAAACCGUAGUCUGGCUUUUUUAUGGUGGUUUUGGAGCAGUGUGUUUUUCCUUGCUGAGCGGAUAUAGGACUCGUUUUACUGUGGAUAUAGAUACUGUUGUACCUGUUUCCUCCAGCAUCUUCACAAGGUCCUUUUCUGUUGUUCUGGGAUUGAUUUGCAUUUUUUGCAUCAAAGUGCGUUCAUCUCUAGGAGACAGAACGCGUCUCCUUCCUGAUCGGUAUGACGGCUGCGUGGUCCCAUUGUGUUUAUACUUGCAUACUAUUGUUUGUACAGAUGAACGUGGUACCUUCAGGCGUUUGGAAAUUGCUCCCAAGGAUGAACCAGACUUGCAUUCAUUCAUCAAGGCACGUUAGCGAUAGCAAUAAUUCAAUUUUUUUUUUUAUGAGGUCUUGGCUGAUUUCUUUUGAUUUUCCCAUGAUGUCAAGCAAAGAGGCACUGAGUUUGAAGGUAGGCCUUGAAAUACAUCCACAGCGAUGAAUCGGCAGAGCAGACUAGUUAGGUACAUACAGGACAUCCACAGGUACACCUCCAAUUGACUCAAAUGAUGUCAAUUAGCCUAUCAGAAACUUCUAAAGCCAUGACAUAAUUUUCUGGAAUUUUCCAAGCGGUUUAACCUGUCUGGCACCGGGGUUCCGCUAGAGGAACUCCUCCCACAUUCCACUGAAAAGGCAGAGCGCGAAAUUCAAAAGAUAUUUUUUUGAAAUAUUUAACUUUCACACAUUAACAAGUCCAAUACAGUAAAUGAAAGAUACACAUCUUGUGAAUCCAGUCAACAUGUCCGAUUUUUAAAAUGUUUUACAGCGAAAACACCACAUAUAUUUAUGUUAGCUCACCACCAAAUACAAAAAAGACAUUUUUCACAGCACAGGUAGCAUGCACAAAGCCAACCUAACUAACCAAGAACCAACCAAACUAACCAAGAAACAACUUCAUCAGAUGACAGUCUUAUAACAUGUUAUACAAUAAAUCUAUGUUUUUUUUCGAAAAAAUGUGCAUAUUUGAGGUAUAAAUCAGUUUUACAUUGCAGCUACCAUCACAGCUACUGUCAGAAAUAGCACUGAAGCAGCCAGAGUAAUUACAGACACCAACGUCAAAUACCUAAAUACUCAUCAUAAAACAUUUCUGAAAAAUCGAUGGUGUACAGCAAAUUAAAGACAAUAUCUUGUGAAUCCAGCCAAUAUUUCCGAUUUUUUAAGUGUUUUACAGCGAAAACACAAUAUAGCAUUCUAUUAGCUUACUACAAUAGCCUACCACACUACCGCAUUCAUUCAUCAAGGCACGUUAGCGAUUGCAAUAGGCACGUUAGCGAUAGCGAAUAAACCAGCAAAAUAUAUUAAUUUUCACUAACCUUCAUAAACCUUCAUCAGAUGACAGUCCUAUACCAUCAGGUUAUACAUACACUUAUGUUUUGUUCGAAAAUGUGCGUAUUUAGAGCUGAAAUCAGUGGUUAUACAUUGUGCUAACGUAGCAUCUUUUUCCCACAACGUCCGGAUAUUUUUCUGACACUUUUUCUGACACAUAUUCUGACCAAAUAACUAUUCAUAAACAUAACUAAAAAAUACAUGUUGUAUAGGAAAUGAUAGAUACACUAGUUCUUAAUGCAAUCGCCGUGUUAGAAUUCUAAAAAUAACUUCAUUACGACAUCCAGCUUAGGUAUAGCGAGAGAGUACCCAAAAUCUGGGUGCAAACGACUAGUACAACAUGUUCGACAGAUAUAUGAAAUAGCAUCAUAAAAUGGGUCCUACUUUUGCUGAUCUUCCAUCAGAAUGUUGUACAAGGGGUCCUUUGUCAGGAACAAUCGUUGUUUGUUUUUAGAACGGCCUUUUUCCCUCUCGAUUUAGCAAGCACACUUGCCAAGUGGCGCAAAUCUCUCCAUCGUCAACAAACUCAGAGAACGGAACACGGCAAAACUCCCGAAAAAAUUUCAAUAAUCUGAUUAAACUAUAUUGAAAAAACAUACUUUACGAUGAUAUUGUCACAUGUAUCAAAUAAAACCAAAGCCGGAGAUAUUAGUCGUCCAAAACGACAGCUUAUCAGAAGGCAAAUCCAGGUCCCUUCUCGCGCUCUCCAGAAAACAGGAAACUGGUGACACGUCAUGCCAAGAGCUAUUAUUCGAGCCCAGAUCAAGUUACACACUCAAUUUCUUCUCUCGCUGCUUGUCGACAUCUAGUGGAAGACGUAUGAAGUGCAUCUAAACUAAUAAAUAUCAAGGACUUUAAUAGGCAGCCCCUAGAACAGUGCAUCGAUUUCAGAUUUUCCACUUCCUGUUAGGAGGUUUUCUGCAAAAGGAGUUCUGUUUUACUCACAGAUAUAAUUCAAACGGUUUUAGAAACUAGAGAGUGUUUUCUAUCCAAUAGUAAUAAUAAUAUGCAUAUUGUACGAGCAAGAAUUGAGUACGAGGCCGUUUAAAUUGGGCACGAUUUUCCCCCAAAGUGAAAACAGCGCCCUCUGUCCUCAACAGGUUAAAUAAAUGUAUCGUAUAGUGUGUGUGUGGCAGGCUUACAAUGAUGUCAAAAAACAACAUUUGAGAGUGCGCUGACCCUGGUGCUAGAGGGGGUAUGCAGCUAGAGGUUGAAUGUUUGAAGGGGUACGGUACUUUAAAAAGUUUGGGAACCACUGCUCUAUGGGAUUGGUGUCCCUAAACCGGGACGGUUGUUGCUAACAUGGGCUAAUGUGACUAGAAUGACGUUGUAUACAACAGCCAACUUUACGGGACAUAGACAUGUCUUAUAUGAGCAGAAAGCAAAAAUUCUUGUUAAUCUAACUGCAGUGUCCAAAUAUAAGUAGCCAACAGUGAAAAAGACCAUGCUAUUGUUUGAGGAGAGUGCACAACAACAACAAAAACUUUUAUCAAUGGCAACUGGUUUGAUACAUUCACCCCUGAAGGUAAAUAAUGUACUUACCUAGCCGUGAUCGGUCAUCCUGAGGAUCCCAGAGAUAAAAUGCAUAGUUUUCUUUGAUAAAAUCAAUGUUUAUGUUCAAAUGUAGGAACGGAGGUCUACAAUUUGACCCCACUGCUGUCUCUGAUUCCACAUCCACCCGGCCCGGCCAUCUAGAUAUGUGAAAGUUAGUGUAUACAGUUGAAGUCGGAAGUUUCCAUACACUUAGGUUGGAGUCAUUAAAACUCGUUUUUCAACAGCUCCACAAAUUUAUUGCUAACAAACUAUCGUUUUGGAAAGUCGGUUAGGACUUUGUGCAUACUUUGUGCAUAACUCUGCGAUGUUGGGAUGUACUGGAGAGACUCAGUCUUAAAUAAUUUUCCACACACAGUCUAUGCCUGUGUUUAGUUUUCAUGCUAGUGAGGGCCGAGAAUCCACUCUCACAUAGGUACGUGGUUGCAAAGGGCAUCAGUGUCUUAACAGCGUGAUUUGCCAAGGCAGGAUACUCUGAGCGCAGCCCAAUCCAUAAAUCUGGCAGUGGCUUCUGAUUAAAUUCAAUUUUCACAGAACCGCUUGUUGCAAUUUCGAUGAGGCUCUCUUGUUCAGAUAUCGUUAAGUGGACUGGAGGCAGGGCAUGAAAGGGAUAACAAAUCCAGUUGUUUGUGUUAUCUGUUUCGGGAAAGUUAAUUUGCACACAAAAAAAUCAUACAAUGAUAGAAAGACCUGUGUGUUGUCCUUGUUAAUGCAGACAGAGAAGAGCGCCAAAUUCUUAAUCAUAGCCUCAAUUUUUUCCCACACAUUGAAUAUAGUUGCGGAGAGUCCCUGUAAUCCUUGAUUCAGAUCAUUCAGGCGAGAAAAAACAUCACCCAGAUAGGCCAGUCGUGGGAGAAACUCGUCCUCAUGCAAGCGGUCAGCCAAGUGAAAAUGAUGGUCAGUAAAGAAAACUUUAAGCUCGUCUCUCAGUUUUAAAAAAACGUGUCAAUACUUUGCCCCCUGAUAACCAGCGCACUUCUGUAUGUUGUAAAAGCGUUACAUGGUCGCUGCCCAUAUCAUUGCAUAGUGCAGAAAAUACACGAGAGUUCAGGGGCCUUGCUUUAACAAAGUUAACAAUUUUCACUGUAGUGUCUUUGUGUCUUUGGCUAUGCCGGAUUAAGUGAUAUGACAUGCUAUUCUAUGAAAUCUUUUCUCUGUAAUUAAUAUUACCCGAUUGAGCUAAUCAUGUAAAUGUAAUUAACUAGAAAGUCGGGGCACCACAAAAUAAUAUUUAUAGAGCUGUUAUCUUCCGAAUAAACUCUUAAAGACCUAGUAAUAUUUUACAUUAAUAGCAGUCAAUAUUCAUCGUCACCUUAUUUCAGUCUCAUCUGAAAGUUGUAAAUUCUUGGUUAUCUUCACGAACCCUGGCUAACAAGUUGAAUCAGCAAUACAAAAUUGGGUUUAAUUAUUUAUUUACUAAAUACCUAACUAAUCACACAGAAUUACAUAUACACAGAAUGAAUCAUACCUUGAUUACAAAUUAUGUCAUAAAGGAAAACGUCCCUAGCGGACGGAACAGAUUUGACAGCUGGUUACACAAAGAAAAUCAAAAUCAAAUCAAAUCAAAUCCAAUUUAUUUAUAUAGCCCUUUGUACAUCAGCUGAUAUCUCAAUGUGCUGUACAGAAGCCCAGCCUAAAACCCCAAACAGCAAUAAUGCAGGUGUAGAAGCACGCAUAAGAUUCUGGGUUGGGUUUGAGUGAAAGAGCGGGAAGACUGAAGAACAAAGGGAGAAGCGAUGUCUCUAUCGGGCCGUAGGCAGCUACUCUAUCGUAAAUACAGAAUCUUAUGCAUUCUAAAUUACCGCCCAUUUGGAAAAGGAAAAUGCAAUAACUAUUUACUCUGAGCUGCGCUUCAAUAGGUUGGUGGUAGAUGGAAGGCCGUGUUGCCCAACAUAGUUCUUUGAAGAGUGUCUCUGGUGGUGAACGAGAAACGUUGUAGUGUCGUCGUUGUGUGGUAGACGGGAUACUCUGUCUGUCCUUUCCCAGUCCACGCUUGGCGGCUGGAGUGAAUCAGAGUUCAAAGUUCAUACCCCGUUGCAAUGCUUAUAUGCUCAUGCUAUAUUCUGGCUGGUAUUGUCGAAAUUCAUCAUAUUCGACGUGUCGAUCGUCCUCUUCACGUGGGAAUUCAAUGCUAAUUUCGUUAGGUAGCUGAGAUUGGCUAUGCUCUGUAGUUAUUAUCUGAACCCUCCUGACAUUGGAUCGUCAUCCUAAUGUACCCGGAACAGGAGGUUACAUUUCCACUUAUAUAGUGGGGGGAGAAGGGUGUGUUUCACAGUCUACAACCCCUGUCUCUUCACAAGGGCGGGCCACUGAUUGAGCAGAGCCCUAACCUUAUGAAAACCCAAAUCUCUCAUUUGGAAGCUAAAAUUACAUUUCAUCUGGCACCAAAUAUUUUUAUAUUUAAACAUUUGAAGUGCACAACAAUUCCAUGUGAAUCUGAUAACUAUAAUGUGUAGACUUUCCCAGAUACAGUUUAGGUCGUCCUGUCAUCAGUCAUAAUGUCUCAGAUGACAACCGAACUGACAUCAUAUUCAUUAAGUACCAACGCAUAUGUUCAACUGGUUGGAUUACCAAAAUAUGGUUAAUUUCCCCCCACCUUCUGAUGUUUCCAGAAUCUCUAUGUUAACCAAGGGAUUUUCAAUAGUCACAUCAGUAGGGUAGAGAGAGGAAAAAAGGGGGGAGAGGUAUUUAUGACUGUCAUAAACCUACCCCCAGGUCAGCGUCAUGACAUGUCCAAAAGGUCUUUCAAGCUGUCAGACAUUCCCUUGGCAGCAAGAGCCUCUCAGUGGAUGCUGCAGUGUACCCAAGUGGCGUCGGGAGCAACUGCUUGCAUGCGCUUUACCACUCCACUGUCUUCCUGUCAUGGCUUUUGCGCCAUCAGUACAGAUACCAACACAUCUUGACCACCAAAGUCCAUUUGAUGUCACAAAGCUGUCCAGUACUUAAUAAAAAAUAUCCUCUCCUGUCCUGGUUUCCAGUGGUUUGCAGAAGAGGAUGUCUUCCUUAAUUGACCCCACAUAAAUGUAACAGGUAUACCAGAAAUGUGCCAGGUCUGUUGACUCAUCCAGCUGUAAUGCAUAGAAUUCACUGGCUUGUAUGCGAAGCAGUAAUUGUUUCAAAACAUCUCCUGCCUUUGUCACUUAUGCGUCGGGAAACAGUGUUGUUUGAUGAAGACAUUGCCUGUAUUGCUUUUUUGGGCCUUUUCCACCAGCAUUGUCCCAGCCAUAUCCGCGGCAGCAGGAAGAAUUAAGUCCUCCACAAUUGUAUGGGGCUUGCCUGUCCUAGCCACUCGGUAGCUCACCAUAUAAGACGCUUGUAGCCCCUUCUUAUUAAUGGUGUCUGUUGCUUUAAUACAUGUCUUACUACUUGAAAGUCAUCUUAAUUCUCACUCAAAUAACUCCUGUGGCUUAUUUUUCAAAUUGGCAUGUGUUGUUUCUAAACGUCUGCGCAGGAGUGAAGGUUUCAUCGAGUUGUGAGAUAGUACUUUUGCACAUAUGACACACUGUAGCUGAGGAAAGGCACUACUCCCAUUAUAAGUGAACCCCAAAUCAAUGUAGUUCUCAUCAUAUUUGCACCUCUUCGAUGGUUCAACGUCCCUGUCUGUUGUUUGGUGCUUUCCCAUGUAAGGGGGCAGUAGCUGUUUGGCUGCAUCAGAUUCACAACUGUCAGUGUUCAUGCUAGCUGGGCUAACAACAAAUGUAGAAUUACUGAUGCUAGCAUUGAAUGUGCUCAUGGAGCAGGACAACUUUUGUCGUCGACAGGUGCAGUACUGCUGGUAGUAGCAGUACUACCAGUAGAGCUGGUAUGCGUCUAUGGACGUGAGCCCUACUUUUCUUAAACCAAUUUCAAGUAAACUGAAUGAGCAGCAGCUACAUUUGGCUACAUACGGACCGUUAGUGGAAUUCCUGCAAGAGAGUAACAGUUAAUGUGAUUGGAUGUUAAUUAUUUAACUAUGCUACCUGUAUGACAUUGUGUUGUUAUUUCGCUGAACACUAGAUGGUUUAAUUUUAUUUGACAGUGAAACAAGGCUACUCAGGCGAGAGAAAACAAAAAAUGUAUAACCCCAUUGGAAAAUAUAAAUUGACUGUUUGAAAAUGAAAAAAAUAAAAAAGUUGUGAAUCACAUUUUUAUUUGGUGUACCCCGGUUUGGGAAUAACUGCCAUAGAGGUUGACCAAUAUCUGUAUUCUGUGCUUGUGCUUUUUGAAUAACCAAUUUCUGUGUUCAUAAAAGUGACUGAAAUCCUCACUAUCAGCAUCUGCAAUUUGACUGUACACCCAGCCCCUUGUUUUGAGAACAAAAUAUCUCCGUUUCUCUCAGCUUAGAGAGAAGAAGCCUUGUGAGAUAUUGGUUUGUGUUACGUACGCCUCUUGGAGGGAACACAACACCCUGCUACAUUUCAACUCCCCGUGGCAUGAAAAAGUAUGUGAUCGUGGGUGCGGGGAAGGACAACAGAGGCAGAGAAAAAUACAGUUUAUAGGGAAUUUAUUCUUCCUUAACACGGUAAGGUGGGGAAAAGGGGCUGGACGGAACCAAAGCAAAGAAAGUAAAAAUUCAAAAGAGUCCCCUCUCCUACCUUCCCACUACUUACCUAACUUUUAGUACCACCUUGCGCACUAACCAAAAUACAGGGGGUGGUCUGCCCAAGUCUUACCUAGUGUGCAUAGACAGUAAAUACUACGGGUUAUGUAUGCACGCAGGCCUCUUGCCUAAACACUCCCAAGGUGCGUUCCCCUUCCCCCCCAGGAACAAAUGAAACAGAAUAAUUACUAAUACUUUAAGGGAACAAUUUCAAUAAUCAUAAACACUAAGUCCUAUUGGCAUACACAUACCUCAGGAGUAGCUGCUACAAAAUACCUUCAACAAAACUUCCAGAGACUAACAACCAACACAGGACAUCAAAGAAGCUCUCUCUCCUGACAAAGGAACACUGGCUUUUAUCCAGCUGGAGAAGGAGUUGGUAAUUGAAGACAGCUGUUUCCCCUGACGAGAGGGAGGGUUCAGAGCUCCAAUCAUCAAAGGGGCCGACCAAUCAGCUGCAUGAGGAAUCCAGGAUUCCAUUUCCUGAAAUACACACACGUACAAACCCACAACAACACAGAAACUAGGGAACGUAACAGUCUGUCACAUGCAUAACUCAGAAUUGGUCAGUCACACAAAUGAAGAAACAUUAACGAUGAAUUAAUUAUGAGUAAUGAAUAAGCUAAAUCAUGCAAAUAUAACUUGUCUGCAGUACAUAAGAGAACUAACGGGACUGCCCCAGUAGAGCCUCUGAUCGACAUGUGCAUUUGGUGCAUUGAGCAAUUUGCAACCUCUCCAGAACGCUGAUAAUAAGGAAUUAUUCAUUUAAGAUUGACUUUGAGUAUCCCUGUGUAGAAUUUCAGUUCCAUGUAGAAGGGGUUUUACAUGGAACCCAAAGGGAAAGGAAAAGUGAAAGGGGAUACCUAAUCAGUUGUACAACCAAAAAGUUCUACCUCAAACCAAAAAUAGUUUUUCAAAGGGUUCUCCUUUUGAAGAACCGUUUAGGUUCUAGAUACACUAUACAGUAUCUAAAAAAAAGUAUGUGGACAACCCUUCAAAUUAGUGGAUUUGGCUAUUUCAGCCACACCCGUUGCUGACAGGUGUAUAAAAUCAAGCACAUAGACAUGCAGUCUCCAUAGACUGGCCUUAAUGAAGAGCUCAGUGACUUUCAACGUGGCACCGUCAUAGGAUGCCACCUUUCCACAAGUCAGUUCAUAAAAUGUCUGCCCUUCUGGAGCUUCCCCGGUUAACUGUAAGCGAUGUUAUUGUUAAGUGGAAACGUGUAGGAGCAACAACGCUUCAGCCGCGAAGUGGUAGGCCACACAAGCUCACAGAAUGGGAUUGCUGAGUGUUGAAGCGUGUAGCGUGUAAAAAUGGUCUGUCCUCAGUUGCAACACUCACUGCCGAGUUCCAAAUUGCCUCUGGAAGCAACGUCAUCACAAGAACUGUUCGUCGGGAGCUUCAUGAUUUGAGUUUCCAUGGCCGAGCAGCCGCACACAAGCCUAAGAUCACAAAGCGCAAUGGCAAGCAUAGGCUGGAGUGGUGUAAAGCUCGCUGCCAUUGGACUCUGGAGUAGUGGAAACGCGUUCUCUGGAAUUAUGAAUUAAUCUGGGUUUGGCUGAUGCCAGGAGAACGCUACCUGCCCGAAUGCAUAGUACCAACUGAAAUGAUUGGUGGAGGAUAAAUAAUGGUCUGGAGCUGUUUUUCAUGGUUCGGGCUAUGCCCUUUAGUUCCAGGGAAGGGAAAUCUUAAUGCUACAGCAUGCAAUGGCAUUCUAGACGAUUCUGUGCUUCCAACUUUGUGGCAACAGUUUGGGGAAGGCCCUUUCCUUUUUCAGCAUAACAAUGCCCUUGUGCACAAAGUUAGGUUCAUACAGAAAUGGUUUGUCGACAUCGAUGUGGAAGAAAUUGACUGGCUUGCACAGAGCCCUGACCUCAACCCCAUCGAACACCUUUUGGAUGAAUUGGAACACCGACUGCGAGCCAAGCCUAAUCGCCCAACAUCAAUGCCCAACUUUACUAAUGCUCUUGUGGCUGAAUGGAAGCAAGUUCCUGCAGCAAUGUUCUAACAUCUAAUGGAAUGCCUUUCCAGAAUAGUGUAAGCUGUUAUUGCAGAAAAGGGGGAAACCAACUCCAUAUUAUUUGGGGAGUGAGUGGCACAGUGGUCUAAGGCACUGCAUCGCAGUGCUAGAGGCAUCACUACAGACCCGGGUUUGAUCCCAGGCUGUAUCACAACCAGCAGUGAUCGGGAGCCCCAUAGGGCGGUGCACAAUUUGCCCCAGCGUCGCCCGGGUUAAGGGAGGGUUUGUCACGGGAAGGCUGUCAUUGUAUAUAAGGAUUUGUUCUUAAACUGGCUUGCCUAGUUAAAUAAAAAAUAUCAAUGAUUUUGAAAUGAGAUGUUCGAUGAAAAGGUGUCCACAUACUUCUGGUCAUGUAGUGUAGCACCUUUUUUUCUAAGAGUGCAGUACAUCGUGUUCAUAGCAUUUCUGUAAGCAGUACAUUCAGAAAGGUCUUUACAGAUAACCACAGCCCCCUUCUUCGACAUAUACCGGAGAGAGAGACAGAGAAUGAGAGGGAGAGAGACAGCGCAGGGGAGCAAGACAGAGAGAGAGAGCAAGAGAAAGGGAGACAGACAGAGAUGGAGGGAGGGAGUGAGAUGGAGGGAGAGAGAGAAAGAGUGCUCAGGGAAGCAAAAGAAAGGGAGAGAGACAGAGAGAUAGCAGGAGAGAUGGAGAGAGCAAGAGGUGGAGAGGAGGGGUGACUGAUUCAUCCUGGGUGGUUUAGCAGUCAUUAUGCUAAAGCCCUUCCCUCUCCUCAGUCCCCUUCUCCUCUUUUCAGUCCCCCUCUCCUCUCCUUCCCUCUCCUCCAGCCCAGUGACUGGAAUAACCUUCAGCAUUUCACUUUCGUUCAGAUGUGGAUAUUGUGAAUCAUACGGACUGUCACCAUUUUCAUACAGCUGUGGUUUGGAAAUAUAUGAUGAUAAUAUUUCAAAGUGAUGUAAUGCAUUCCAAGACAUUUGUCUUUCACACCUCCUCUGUCUCUCUACAGAUUAUGUCACAGUCUCAGGGAGGGAGGCAGGGUGUCUGGAUGUUCCUUUUCCAAUCUGCAGCGUGCUUCUGCCAUCUGGUGGCAUACAUUUUAUUUAUUUUCAUUUUAAUUUUAAUUUCACCUUUAUUUAACCAGGUAGGCAAGUUGAGAACACGUUCUCAUUUACAACUGCGACCUAGCCAAGAUAAAGCAAAGCAGUUCAACACAUACAAGAACACAGAGUUACACAUGGAGUAAAACAAACAUACAGUCAAUAAUACAGGAGAAAAAUAAGUCUAUAUACAAUGUGAGCAAAUGAGGUGAGAUAAGGGAGGUGAAGGCAAAAAAAAGGCCAUGGUGGCGAAGUAAAUACAAUACUGCAAGUAAAACACUGGAAUGUUAGAUUUGCAGUGGAAGAAUGUGCAAAGUAGAGAUAGAAAUAAUGGGGUGCAAAUGGGCAAAAUAAAUAAAUAAAUAAAUUCAGUAGGGGGAGAGGUAUUUGUUUGGGCUAAAUUAUAAAUGGGCUAUGUACAGGUGCAGUAAUCUGUGAGCUGCUCUGACAGCUGGUGCUUAAAGCUAGUGAGGGAGAUAAGUGUUUCCAGUUUCAGAGAUUUUUGUAGUUCGUUCCAGUCAUUGGCAGCAGAGAACUGGAAGGAGAGGCGGCCAAAGGAAGAAUUGGUUUUGGGGGUGACCAGAGAGAUAUACCUGCUGGAGCGCGUGCUACAGGUGGGUGCUGCUAUGGUGACCAGCGAGCUGAGAUAAGGGGGGACUUUACCUAGCAGGGUCUUGUAGAUGACCUGGGCCAUUGGGUUUGGCGACGAGUAUGAAGCGAGGGCCAACCAACGAGAGCGUACAGGUCGCAGUGGUGGGUAGUAUAUGAGGCUUUGGUGACAAAACGGAUGGCACUGUGAUAGACAGCAUCCAAUUUAUUGAGUAGGGUAUUGGAGGCUAUUUUGAGUCGAGGAUCGGUAGGAUGGUCAGUUUUACAAGGGUAUGUUUGGCAGCAUGAGUGAAGGAUGCUUUGUUGCGGAAUAGGAAGCCAAUUCUAGAUUUAACUUUGGAUUGGAGAUGUUUGAUGUGAGUCUGGAAGGAGAGUUUACAAUCUAACCAGACACCUAGGUAUUUGUAGUUGUCCACAUAUUCUAAGUCAGAACCGUCCAGAGUGGUGAUGUUGGACGGGCGGGCAGGUGCAGGCAGCGAUCGGUUGAAGAGCAUGCAUUUAGUUUUACUUGUAUUUAAGAGCAAUUGGAGGCCACGGAAGGAGAGUUGUAUGGCAUUGAAGCUCGUCUGGAUGGUUGUUAACACAGUGUCCAAAGUAGGGCCAGAAGUAUACAGAAAUGUGUCAUCUGCGUAGAGGUGUAUCAGAGACUCACCAGCAGCAAGAGCGACAUCAUUCAUGCAUACAGAGAAGAGAGUCGGUCCAAGAAUUGAACCCUGUGGCACCCCCAUAGAGACUGCCAGAGGCCCGGACAACAGGCCCUCCGAUUUGACACACUGAACUCUAUCAGAGUAGUUGGUGAACCAGGCGAGGCAAUCAUUUGAGAAACCAAGGCUAUCGAGUCUGCCGAUGAGGAUGUGGUGAUUGACAGAGUCGAAAGCCUUGGCCAGGUCAAUGAAUACGGCUGCACAGUAUUGUUUCUUAUCGAUGGAGGUUAAGAUAUCAUUUAGGACCUUGAGCGUGGCUGAGGUGCACCCAUGACCAGCUCUGAAACCAGAAUGCAUAGCGGAGAAGGUAUGGUGGGAUUCGAAAUGGUCGAUAAUCUGUUUGUUGACUUGGCUUUCGAAGACCUUAGAAAGGCAGGGUAGGAUAGAUAUAGGUCUGUAGCAGUUUAGGUCAAGAGUGUCCCCCUCUUUGAAGAGGGGGAUGACCGCAGCUGCUUUCCAAUCUUUGGGAAUCUCAGACGACACGAAAGAGAGGUUGAACAGGCUAGUAAUGGGAGUUGCAACAAUUUCGGCAGAUCAUUUUAGAAAGAAAGGGUCCAGAUUGUCUAGCCCGGCUGAUUUGUAGGGGUCCAGAUUUUGCAGCUCUUUCAUAACAUCAGCUGACUGGAUUUGGGAGAAGGAGAAAUGGGGAAGGCUUGGGCGAUUUGCUGUGGAGGGUGCAGUGCUGUUGACCGGGGUAGAGGUAGCCAGGUGGAAAGCAUGGCCAGCCGUAGAAAAAUGCUUAUGGAAAUUCUCAAUUACAGUGGAUUUAUCGGUGGUGACAGUGUUUCCUAUCCUCAGUGCAGUGGGCAGCUGGGAGGAGGUGCUCUUAUUCUCCAUAGACUUUACAGUUUCCCAGAACUUUUUUGAGUUUGUGUUGCAGCAAGCAAAUUUCUGCUUGAAAAAGCUAGCCUUGGCUUUUCUAACUGCCUGUGUAUAUUGGUUUCUAGCUUCCCUGAAAAGUUGCAUAUCACGGGGGCUGUUCGAUGCUAAUGCAGAACACCGUAGGAUGUUUUUGUGUUGGUUAAGGGCAGUCAGGUCGGGAGAGAACCAAGGGCUAUAUCUGUUUCUGGUUCUAAAUUUCUUGAAUUGGGCAUGCUUAUUUAAGAGGGUGAGGAAGGCAUUUUU